AUGGCGCAAAGUAGGCCUCGGAAUCCAUUAUUACAUCGACGCUCGCAGGCUCGACCUGGCGCGCGACGGUCGAUGGUGGCAUGCAAUCGAUGUCGUAACCGCAAAACACGUUGUGCCGGAACUCCUCCAUUGCCCUGUCCAGCAUGUGAGGAAGCAGGCCAUGUGUGUGUGUAUUCUGAUGCCGAGAAGAGAGUGUCUGUUCCGGAGAGUUACUUGCGACAACUCCAAUCUCAAGCACAUACGCCACAGCAAGAUGACAAUCUCACUGCCAGUAUUCUGCCAUCAUCGUCUCUCCCUGGUUCAACGCAGCCCACGCCUAUCACUAACAGCACCAACGUCGAACGAGAUGAUUGGUGGUACGAUGGAACAGACAAUCUAUUUCUUAAUCGAUCUGGAGAGCAUCACUUCGUUGGGGCGUCGUCGGCCACCCACCUGGCCAAACGUUUGAAUCCAUCGUCGACCGACCUCGCCUGGGACGUGCGUCCACUAUACGACGACCCUUCGUCGCUGCGUCGCUCUGUGACUCGGGUGCUGCCUCAAUUGCCACCAUACGACUUUGCUAAGCGCCUUUUCUGGGUUCAGUAUAAGUUCAUCGGGGCCAUUUUUUCGUUGAUUCACCCGCAGGACUUUGAAGAGAGACUGGAUAUUGUCUACAAUCAGCCUGCGGACUUUUCGAAUCGAGAUUCCUGCUUGAUGUACUGCCAGGUCCUGCUGGUCAUUGCGUUCGGGCUCAUGUACUCUGUGAACCAGUGGUCCGGUGAUGACGGCCCUCCGGGCUUCAAGUAUUUCAAGUAUGCCCUACGUUUUUUACCGGAUAUCCACGAAGAAGGCUCGAUUUUCUUCGUGGACGUUCUGUGCUAUGUUGCCUAUUAUAUGCAGAAUCUCAAUCGCCGCGAUGCUGCAUUUCUCUAUAUCGGUCUUGCCUUGCGAAUGGCCAUUUCAUUGGGCCUUCACCAGGAGGUUUCUGACCAAGCCAUAAGUCAAAUCGAACGAGACCGCCGUCGACGAGCAUGGUGGUCGGUCUACAGCUUGGAUCGAAUACUCUCUGUCAAGUCGGGAAAUCCAAUUACAAUUCAUGACGAAGAUAUUGGAACUGCAUGGCCACCUCUAGAAACAUCUGUAGAUGUUCCGUGGCCAUCAGUCGUGCUUAUGCAUUAUAUCAAUUUGUCAAGGAUCCUAGGCAGAAUUGGAGAAGAGAUCUACCGCAAAAAACCUCGCUCCGGAUCGAAUUUAUUGGCGUCUGUACAGAGCAUCACCAAUUCUCUAUCCGACUGGUUGCGACACGUGCCAGACCAGCUUCGCAUUGACUUCUCUAAUCUUGACGCCCCUAUCAGUCGCGAAUGCGUGUCGAUCAGCUUGCAUUUCUACUCGUGUGUCAACAUGACUGCAAGGCCGUUGGUGUUCUAUGUCAUACAACGUCGACUGGAUGCAGAGGCCCGAGAAUCUGCAACAGAAGAUUGGAAAGACGGACUAUCUCAGAAUGCUGCAGCAGUGAUCGAUAGCUGCAUAAGAGCCGCUCGUGCUACUGCCUUAAUCAUGGAUGCUGCUGCAAAGCAAAACUUGAUCGCAACGUAUGGCUAUUUGGAUGGCGAGUACGCGUUUUCCGCUGCCCUUUUGCUGGUAAUGGUCAACGCAGCCUUCCCACACAAUGAAACCAAUUCUCGAACAAUGGAAAUGGCAUUGGAUCUUCUGCGUGGAAUGGCUGACCGUGGGAACACCUAUCUUCGGUCCCGACAUUCCUUACUCCUGGAACUUCAAUCCGCCAUAGGACCCAAGGCAUCCAAGCCAGGGGAGCCAGCCACCGCCGCACCUGUCACACCCAACUCUCAGCCACAGAGUCCCCCUGUCGCUCCGAUUGAGACUUCGAUUGUUACGCCGAUGGAAUGGCCACUAGAGCAGGAUCUCCCAUCUAUCUAUGAUGUCUCGUUCAAUUUCGACAUCAACGACGACCCGGGGUUAUGGGAUGGGGUCCUUGGGCAAAUUGACAUUGAUAUGGACACGGAUUGGAUUGAGAAUACUUUGCGACGGUAG